CCCCCACGCCUUCCAUUUCCGCGCCCAACACAAACCAGCCACCAGCCUCCAACCCGGCACCGCCGCCGCCUCGCCGCCAUGGCGCCCUUCCAGAUGCGCUUCGGCCUGGGGAUCUCCCCGUCCCGCACCUACGACGAGGAGGAGGAAGACGAAGACGACGAGGAAGAAGAAGAGUUCGAAGAGGACGAAGACAUGGAAGAGGCGGAGAGCGACGGGACGGCCUCGCCGACGCCGCUGCAGUCCGGGAGGGCGGGCGGGCUCGUGGGAGCGGUCGUGAGCGCGCUGCGGCGCUCGCUCGUCAUGUGCGGCGCUGGCGUGGCGGGCGACGACGACAGCGACAACAGCGGCAGCGAGGACGACGACGGGAUGGAGAUCGGCGGGCCCGUCGACGUGCGACACGUCGCGCACGUCACCUUCGACCGCUUCGGCGGGUUCCUCGGCCUCCCCGCCGACCUCGAGCCCGACGUGCCCCGCCCCACGCCCAGCGUCAGUGCAAGUGUGUUUGGCGUUUCACCAACUUCUUUGCAAUGUUCAUAUGAUCAAAGAGGAAAUAGUGUGCCCAUAAUACUGUUGAUGAUGCAGAGGGAAUUGUAUGUACGAGAGGGACUUAAGAUUGAAGGGAUCUUCAGAAUUAACGGAGAAAAUAGUGAAGAGGUCUGUGUCAGGGACCAAUUGAACAGUGGCGUGGUUCCGGAUGAAGUUGACUUACACUGCCUGGCUGGGUUGAUAAAGGCAUGGUUUCGGGAACUUCCAACAGGAAUAUUGGACUCACUAACACCAGAACAAGUAAUUCACUGCAACACAGAAGAGGAGUGUGCUCUCCUUGCUUGUAUGCUACCACCAGUGCAAGCAGCAUUGCUUGAUUGGGCAAUUAAUUUGAUGGCCGAUGUUGUAGAGCUUGAGAACUACAACAAGAUGAAUGCUCGAAACAUCGCUAUGGUUUUUGCACCGAACAUGACUCAGAUGGCCGAUCCAUUAACUGCCCUGAUGCAUGCAGUUCAGGUGAUGAACUUCCUCAGGACUUUGAUCGUUAAGACCUUAAAUGGAAGAGAAGAGGCAGCUGCAGCACCCAAGGCGUUGCAGUCAUGCUCUGAUUCCCCAAAUUACCAAGAUGAAACUCAGAUGCCAGAGAAUUUGCAGAAACCGUGCAUUCGUACAAGUCAGGAGAACGUUGAUCAUCCGAUGAUUGACAAGGCUAUUUCGGACCGGUUCCUAUCUGAAGCUGAACAAGCCCUCCAUGAUAAUUCGAAAAAUCAUCUUGAAGGACAAGAGAAGAAGUGUGAUAUGGACCACAAUAAGUGUUACAGUGGUGUUUCUCCGUUUGCUAAUGAUUCGAAUAACCGAGUCAACAGUUCCGGAAAAGAAUUUGCUAACAGAAAUGCGGAAGGCUUGUUCGAAAGAUUUAGUUUUAGGAAAGGUGUUGAGAGGCUUUGCAGGCACCCUGUGUUUCAGCUGAAUAGGUCCCUCAGGAAGGCUCCAGACGUGGUUGCCUUUGAUGCUACCAGAGAAGCAAGACAAGCUUGGGUAUGAUAUGAUAGUGAGAUUGUAUGUAAUUGGUAAUGGAAUUAUUUUUCGCCUUUUUGUUUAGUUGGUCGGCCGCUCCUCUAGUUUGUGUGAGUAGAAACAGUUAGCCAAUUAGUGCGUAGGUACUGCAGAUUUCAGUGUACAUUAUAAUCGUUUACUGCUGACGACAACGUCUGAAAGAUGUCCGAAAGAUUGCAUGUUGUACCUAAUUUCUUAUAAGUGAAUGGAAGUCACAGUGAACUUUGACUCUA